CGCUCCGUUUGCUGUUUGCUCGCUGGUAUUCUGGCCGGCCCUCCACUUCGACACCAACAAGACCUCAUCUCUGGAGACUUGCAGGACACUAAGCUUCAAACAUGGCAUGGUACUAUUAUAUUGGCACUAUGCUCGGCGGAAAUGUCAUGCGCCCUGGAAAAACUGGCUUCGAUCAGGACGCUCUUGUUAGUUACGCCUUUCACGGAAUCAUGUUCUGGGCUCUCUUCAUGUAUCUGGGUUACAUUGAGCAAUCCGUGGAAUCACAGACCCAAUUGGUGACUGGGUUCUUGACGGUCAUUUUUGCCUGGUUCUUGUUAUCAUAUGCAUUCGGAUUAUGGCAAUUAAGAAAGGGGCAGACGAAGAUGGAUCCAGAGCCGACAACUCGGGCCUGGACUGGUGGACCUCAUCUAACCCCCGGCCAACGAGGCCUUCGGGAGGGUCUCAGUCACCUAAUGGGAUUCACGACCGCAUGGGGUAACGCAGACUUGAAGCUAAUUGCAGGCUUCCUUGUGGCAUUCGUUGCGGUGACCUUUGGGUUUUGGAAGAUAGAGCAAGAGAAGGAACGGGAAAUGGAGGAAAUCAUCAAACAGGCUCAGACACAGCCAGCUGAAGAGAGCACGCCAGACAGAGGGGACACAAAGGGUCCCCAGAGCAAGAAGGGGAAGAAAGAAUAAGCGUACUUAGAAUCCAUAGAGCGCAGAUAGUCUUCCUAGUGUAUUGGGCAGGUCCCAUUCCGUAACAAUACGAUUCUUUGAUAUUUAUA